AUGCUCGCCAGACGGCUCCGCGGCCUGCCCCGGCCCAGCCGCCCGCUCUCCACCCACUCCCUCUUCAGCCCCCUCGACAGCUUCCCCUCCAGACACCUCGGCCCGCGCGACCAUGACAUCCAGGCCAUGCUCGCCGCCCUCGGCUUCCGCUCGCUCGACCAGUUCGUCGACAAGGUCAUCCCCCCCGCCAUCCGCACCCCGCCGCUCUCCAACCAGGCCAUCCAGCCCCACGCCGAGGCCGAGCUCACCCAGCGCGCCCGCCAGCUCGCCAGCAAGAACACCCUCGCACGCAACUUCAUCGGCAUGGGCUACGCCAACGCACGCAUGCCCGCCGCAGUCGCCACCAACGUCCUCCAAAACCCCGCCUGGUACACCAGCUACACGCCCUACCAGGCCGAGAUCUCCCAGGGCCGGCUCGAGUCCCUGAUCAACUUCCAGACGAUGAUCAGCUCGCUCACCGGCCUGCCCAUCGCCAAUGCGUCCCUCCUCGACGAGGCCACCGCCGCCGCCGAGGCCAUGACGCUCUCCUACAACCAGUCCAAGUCCCAGAGCCGCAAGACCUUCAUCGUCGACCGCUCCGUCUUCCCCCAGUCCAUCGCCGUCCUCCGCAACCGCGCCGCCCCCGCCGGCAUCAACCUCCUCGUCACCAACAUCAACAAGUACCUCCACGAGCACCGCGACCUCCCCCCGGACUGCUUCGGCGUCCUCGUCCAGUACCCCGAGCGCCGCGGCGACCUCACCGACUGGUCCAGGCUCGCCGACGCCGUCCACAAGAACGGAGGCCUGCUCAGCUGCGCAACCGAUCUGCUCGCACUCACCAAGAUCAAGCCGCCCGGCGAAUGGGGCGCCGAUAUCGCCCUCGGAAACAGCGCCCGCUUCGGCGUCCCCCUCGGCUACGGCGGGCCCCAUGCCGCCUUCUUUGCCGUCAAGGAAUCCCUGACCCGCAAGAUCCCCGGCCGGCUCAUCGGCCUCUCCAAGGACUCCAACGGCAAGCCGGCCUACCGACUGGCCCUCCAGACCCGCGAACAGCACAUCAGGCGGGAUAAGGCCCUCUCCAACGUCUGCACCGCCCAGGCACUCCUCGCCAACCUGGCCGCCUUCUACGCCGUCUACCAUGGCCCACACGGCCUCCGUCGGAUAGCCGAUCGCGUCCACGGGAUGACCCAGGUGCUGGCUGCCGGCCUCGACAAGCUCAGCUACGAGGUCGUCAACCAGACCUACUUCGACCGGCUCACCGUCAACACCUCCGGCCUCGCCAUCUCCGUCGUGCUCUCCGAGGCCAAGAACCGCCAGAUCAACCUCCGCCACGCCGACGACUUCCACGUCGGCAUCACGCUGGAUGAGACCCACUCCAUCGACGACGUCCUCGCCCUCCUCAACCUCUUCGUCGACCUCAACGAGCUCAAGUUCAACCGUCGGCUCGGCCCCGAUCACCACUACUCCCGCGAAUCCCUCCUCGCCCUCGCCGACAGUCUCAACCUCAAGCCGGUCAUCGAGCCCCUCUCCGACCAGUCCCUCGUCUCCUCCACCGACCCCUCCUCCUCCUCCUCCUCUACCUCAGACACUCAAACUUCACCCUCCAUGAAGAUCCCCACAAACCUCUCCCGGCAGACCAGCUUCCUCGAGCACCCCGUCUUCAACAGGUACCAUUCAGAGACCGAACUCAUGCGCUACAUCGCCUCGCUCCAGAAGAAAGACCUGUCGCUCGUCGACGCCAUGAUCCCGCUCGGAUCGUGCACCAUGAAACUCAACUCGGCCACCUCGAUGAACCCGCUGAGCUGGAAAGCCUUCAGCUCGAUCCAUCCCUUCGCCCCGCAAGAACAGGCCGCCGGGUACAUGGAAAUGAUCAAGGAAUUGGAGGCCGAUCUGAGCAAAAUCACCGGCUUUCCUGCUAUCAGUUUGCAGCCCAACUCGGGCGCCCAGGGUGAAUACGCAGGUCUAUCAGUCAUCCGCGCCUACCACCAUUCGCGAGGAGACCAGAAGCGGGAUGUAUGUCUGGUGCCCGUCAGUGCGCAUGGGACCAACCCGGCCUCGGCAGUGAUGGCAGGCAUGAAGGUCAUCCCGGUCAAGACGACGAAGGACGGCUCGCUGGACCUCGAGGAUCUGUCGACCAAGGCGGCCAAGUACCAGGACCAAUUGGCGGCGAUCAUGAUCACUUACCCGUCGACCUACGGGGUCUUCGAGCCCCAUGUCCAAGAGGCGUGCGAGAUCAUCCAUCGACAUGGAGGCCAGGUCUAUCUGGAUGGCGCCAACAUGAACGCCCAGAUCGGCCUGACCAAUCCGGCCAAAUGUGGCGCCGAUGUCUGCCACCUAAACCUGCACAAAACCUUCGGGAUCCCGCACGGAGGAGGGGGGCCCGGGGUGGGUCCGAUCGGCGUGGCGGCCCACCUGGCCGAGUUCCUGCCCAGCCAUCCGAUGAUCGACAGUCGGACCGACAAGUAUAACUGUGGCGGGAAGACCGCGACGGCUAUCCAGCCCGUCUCCUCCGCCCCCUGGGGGUCCGCUUCUAUCCUCUCCAUCUCGUGGUCUUAUAUCAAGUUGCUCGGCGGCGCUGGACUCACUCUUUCCUCUAAAAUCGCCCUCCUUAACGCUAAUUAUUUGGCCCAUUCGCUCAAGAACCAUUUCGACCUUAAAUUCAAAAACCAGCACGGGCUUUGCGCCCACGAAUUCUUGAUUGAUUUCUCGGAGUUUGAGAAGAAGUACGGGAUCAAAGUGAUGGACAUCGCGAAACGGCUGAUCGACUACGGCUUCCAUCCGCCGACGUGUUCGUGGCCGCUGUCGACGUCGAUGCUGAUCGAGCCUACGGAGUCGGAGUCCAAGGCGGAGCUCGACCGGUUCCUGGCCGCCCUGAUCUCGAUCCGCAAGGAGCUCGACUCGGAGCGCGGCCGGGUCUUCAUCAAGGCCGCGCCCUUCGACCUCGACUCCGCCUUCAACCUCGCCGCCGGCGCCCAUCCUUCCGCCCUCCUCGACCAGGCAAAAGACGCCACCGCCGACCGCGCCCAGAUCGUCAAUCAGGCUAUCUACCCCGUCGACACCCUCAAGAAGAACAAGUUCUGGCCCUCCGUCGCCCGCGUCGACGACACAUACGGCGACAUGAACAUCUUUUGUACCUGUCCGUCCGUCGAGGAAGUCGCUGGCUCUGCGGACGCCGACUCCGACCCCGUGAACGAGCCCAAAAACUAA